GAGACUUUAAAUCGCCUUCAUUUCCCCCAAAUCCUUCCUUUUCCUCUCCUCCCCCAGGCCGGCGGGGAGGCAGCUUCCACCGCCCUCCGCGCGCCCUCGCCCGGCCUCGCUCUGCCUCCGGGGACCGACAGCAGCCCGCCUCCAAAAGUUUGAUCAUCUCUCUUUUUUUGCCUGCUUCUUCUUCCUUUUCGGUGGAAGCAGUAAAAGAGCGAGGCAGGGCGAGCGCGGCGCCGGGACUCCUGGGACCAUGGGCCUGGCGCGGGCGCCCGCGGGGCCCCGGCCGCGCUGCCUGCCUGCUCCGGCGCCCCUGGGCGCGAGGCUGCGCUGGGGGCGCGGGGGCCGCGCGCUCUGAGCCGGCCUGGCGCGGCGGGGCGGGGGGCUGGCGGCCCCAUGGGGCGCGCCCACACUUGCCCCCCGGGCUCGGGAGCAUGAAGUAGGGGCCCGCCAUGGGAGCGGGAUCGGCGCGGGGGGCCAGAGGCACAGCGGCGGCGGCGGCGCGCGGGGGGGGGUUUCUCUUCACCUGGAUCUUAGUCUCAUUUGCCUGUCAUCUGGCCUCCACCCAAGGACCUCCUGAAGAUGUGGACGUCCUCCAGCGGCUGGGCCUCAGCUGGACGAAAGCAGGGGGUGGCCGGAGCCCCGCGCCCCCGGGGGUCAUUCCGUUCCCAUCGGGCUUCAUCUUUACGCAGAGGAGCCGGCUCCAGGCCCCCACGGCCGCCGUCCUUCCCACCGCCCUGGGCACAGAGUUGGCGCUGGUGCUGAGCCUCUGCUCCCACCGGGUGAACCAUGCCUUCCUUUUCGCCGUCCGCAGCCGGAAGCGCAAGCUGCAGCUGGGCCUGCAGUUCCUCCCCGGCAAGACGGUCGUCCACCUGGGGCCCCGGCACUCCGUGGCCUUUGACCUCGAUGUGCACGACGGGCGCUGGCAUCACCUCGCCCUGGAGCUCCGGGGCCGCACUGUCACCCUGGUGACGGCGUGUGGGCAGCGCCGGGUGCCUGUCCCGCUGCCUUUCCACAAGGACCCAGCCCUUGACCCCGAGGGCUCCUUCCUCUUUGGGAAGAUGAACCCACAUGCGGUCCAGUUUGAAGGCGCCCUGUGCCAGUUCAGUAUCUACCCUGUGACGCAGGUCGCUCACAAUUACUGUACCCACCUGAGGAGGCAGUGCGGACAGGCUGACACAUACCGGCCCCAGCUGGGACCCCUCCUUCCCCGAGACUCGGGCACGACCUUCACCUUCCAGACUGACCUUGCCCUGCGAGGCCUGGAGAACCUGACCACUGCUGCGCCAGCCCUGGGGUCACGGCCAGCAAGCAGGGAUCCCAGGGGGACUCUGGUGCCCGUCACACCCUCCAAGCCCCUGAGGACUAGCACCACAGAGCCUCGCUGGCGUGCGGCCGAAGGGGGCCCAGCCCGGAUCCCGUUGCCGCCCGCCAAGCUGUCAGCCGGUGGAGCACUCCCUGCUGUGCCCCCGGCCUCUCCGGCCAGUUCCACCACACCUGUCCAGCCAUUUCGGAAGAGCGCAGCCACCAAGACCCCCAAAAGCCAUCCAGACAGGCUCUUGGUCCCUUCUCCUUCAGUAGGCCCUGUCAAAAGCACCCGCCGACCCCAGAAGGCCGCUCAGCCUUCCUUCACAAAAGCAGCCCCACCCACCAAGAAGCCAGUGCCCCCCACUUCCCACCCACUUCCUGCCAAAGCCUCCCGCCCCUCAGUGAAGCCGAGCCAGAGGACCCCCGUGACGCCCAGACCUCUGCUACCCAGCACUCGGCCCCUACUUCUGGACACUGGCUCCUCCAAAAGGCCUUUUCUCCCAGCGGGCCAGACCCAGGCCAAGCCGAGCCAUCGCAGCAGUGAGCCGGCCCCUGCCCACACCGGCACCCACAGACCUCCCCAACCCACGGUUCCGCCCCUGCCCCCUGUCCUCCAUCCUGGCUCUCCCAGGAUCCCUCCGCCAGCCACAGCGAUGCCUCCCACCCUUGUUCCUGGCUUGGCCCCCACCAGAAGCAAGAGACCCUCUGGAUCAGAGGCCACAAAGAAAGCCAGACCCAAGAGCAGCCCCCGGAAGCCCGUCCCCCUCAGACCUGGGAAGGCGGCCAGGGAUGUCCCGUCGAAUGACCUGACAACCAGGCCCAGCUCCAGACUGUCCCGGCCCCACUGGCCGACCACCCCGGCCCCAGCGUUGGCCCCCGUGCGAUUCCUGUCCUCCAGUCCCUGGCCCACGAGUCACAGCUAUUUGUUCUUCCACCUGGCGGGACCCACGCCUUUCCCGUUGCUGAUGGGACCUCCAGGGCCCAAGGGAGACUGUGGUUUGCCGGGUCCCCCUGGGCUGCCUGGGCUCCCUGGACCCCCUGGUGCACGGGGGCCUCGGGGUCCUCCUGGGCCUUACGGAAACCCAGGCCUCCCCGGCCCUCCUGGAGCCAAAGGACAGAAGGGGGACCCAGGGCUCUCACCAGGAAAGGCCCUCGAUGGGGCGAAGGGUGACGUGGGCUUGCCUGGGCUCUCGGGGAAUCCAGGACCUCUUGGACGAAAGGGACACAAGGGCUAUCCUGGACCAGCGGGGCACCCCGGAGAACAGGGGCAGCCAGGACCUGAGGGCAGCCCAGGGGCCAAAGGUUACCCUGGCAGGCAGGGGUUACCAGGACCAGUAGGAGACCCUGGCCCGAAAGGCAGCCGGGGCUACAUUGGACUCCCAGGGCUCUUCGGCCUGCCAGGGUCUGAUGGAGAGCGAGGCCUGCCUGGUGUUCCUGGCAAGAGGGGCAAGAUGGGUAGGCCGGGGUUUCCUGGAGACUUUGGGGAAAGGGGUCCUCCUGGACUGGAUGGGAACCCUGGAGAACUAGGCCUGCCAGGGCCCCGAGGAGUCCCCGGCCUCAUUGGUGACAUGGGAGCACUGGGUCCGAUUGGUUAUCCAGGACCCAAGGGCGUGAAGGGACUGAUGGGGAACGUGGGGGAGCCCGGACUGAAAGGUGAUAAGGGUGAACAAGGGGUUCCGGGUGUGUCGGGAGAGACUGGAUUCCAAGGAGACAAGGGGAGCCAGGGAUUGCCGGGGUUCCCAGGAGCACGGGGGAAGCCGGGGCCUCUGGGCAAAGUUGGAGACAAGGGAUCCUUUGGGUUUCCUGGGCCUCCUGGACCUGAGGGAUUCCCCGGAGACAUUGGCCCCCCUGGGGACAAUGGCCCAGAAGGCACGAAGGGUAAGCCUGGAGCUCGAGGCGUGCCGGGACCCCGUGGGCAGCUGGGGCCCGAGGGAGAUGAGGGACCCAUGGGGCCUCCUGGGGCCCCCGGCUUGGAGGGCCAACCUGGCAGGAAGGGGUUUCCUGGCCGGCCUGGCCCAGAUGGCAUGAAGGGGGAGCCAGGCGACCCUGGACGGCCAGGGCCUGUGGGUGAGCAGGGACUUCUGGGAUUCAUUGGUCUGGUCGGGGAGCCAGGGAUCAUGGGAGAAAAGGGUGACCGGGGCAUGAUGGGACCCCCAGGCGCACCCGGACCCAAGGGAUCGAUGGGUCAUCCUGGAACUCCCGGUGCUGUGGGGACCCCUGGAGAGCCUGGACCUCCGGGCCCUCCAGGAUCUCGUGGCCCACCAGGCAUGAGGGGAGUAAAGGGACGCCAGGGCCCCCGAGGACCAGAUGGACCAGCCGGGGAGCAGGGGUCCAGGGGCCUGAAGGGCCCUUCCGGACCGCAGGGCAGACCGGGCCAGCCCGGGCAGCAGGGUGCGGCUGGUGAACGCGGGCCCUCGGGUGUGCAAGGCUUCCCCGGUAUCCCGGGUCCCUCGGGCCCGCCUGGCACCAAGGGCCUCCCAGGAGAACCGGGCCCUCAGGGACCCCAGGGGCCACUUGGUCCUCCGGGAGAGAUGGGCCCCAAGGGGCCGCCCGGUGCGGUGGGAGAACCGGGCCUUCCUGGGGAAGCCGGGAUGAAGGGUGACCUUGGGCCUCUGGGCACCCCUGGGGAGCAGGGCCUCAUUGGGCAGCGGGGAGAGCCAGGCCUCGAGGGUGACAGUGGCCCUGCAGGGCCUGAUGGGCUGAAGGGGGACAGGGGUGACCCUGGGCCUGAUGGUGAACGUGGCAACAAAGGCCAAGAGGGACUGAUGGGUGAGGAUGGGCCCCCUGGCCCCCCUGGCAUCACUGGCAUCCGGGGUCCUGAAGGAAAACCAGGGAAGCAAGGCGAGAAGGGCCGGACUGGAGCCAAGGGUGCUAAGGGCUACCAAGGACAGCUGGGUGAGAUGGGCGUCCCUGGAGACCCCGGACCCCCUGGCACCCCAGGCCCUAAAGGGUCCCGGGGCAGCCUGGGACCAACGGGUGCUCCAGGACGGAUGGGGGCCCAAGGAGAGCCGGGACUGGCAGGUUACAGUGGACACAAAGGCAUCAUGGGCCCCCUCGGACCUCCUGGACCAAAGGGUGAAAAGGGGGAGCAGGGCGAGGAUGGCAAGGCUGAGGGGCCCCCUGGGCCACCUGGAGAUCGGGGCCCCGUAGGCGAUCGAGGGGACCGCGGGGAGCCAGGAGACCCUGGAUACCCCGGACAGGAGGGUGUGCCAGGCCUCCGUGGAGAUCCAGGCCAGCAGGGCCUACCCGGGCAUCCGGGACCCCGGGGACAGCCAGGACCCAAAGGAUCGAAAGGGGAAGAGGGACCAAAGGGAAAGCAAGGCAAGGCUGGGGCACCUGGACGAAGGGGGAUUCAGGGCCUGCAAGGGCUGACAGGGCCUCGGGGCGUGGUGGGGAGACAGGGCUCCGAGGGUGUCACGGGCCCAGAUGGGUUUCCUGGCAGGGAUGGUCAAGCAGGACAGCAGGGGGAGCAGGGAGACGAUGGGGACCCUGGCCCCGUGGGCCCUGCUGGGAAGAGGGGAAAUCCAGGUGUGGCUGGCUUGCCUGGAGCACAGGGGCCCCCAGGAUUCAAGGGUGAAAGUGGGUUACCGGGACAGCCAGGUCCUCCCGGCAAACGAGGGACGGCGGGUGGAACCGGGCUUCCUGGGAGCCAGGGGGAGCCCGGAUCCAAAGGCCAGCCGGGUGACUCUGGUGAGAUGGGCUUCCCAGGAAUGGCUGGCCUCUUCGGACCCAAGGGCCCCCCUGGAGACAUUGGCUUGAAAGGCAUCCAGGGCCCGCGGGGGCCCCCUGGCUUGAUGGGAAAGGAAGGCAUCAUUGGGCCCCUCGGAAUCCUGGGACCUUCGGGACGCCCGGGUCCAAAGGGUGACAAAGGCAGCCGAGGGGACUUGGGACUGCAAGGUCCGAGGGGUCCUCCUGGUCCCAGAGGGCGGCCUGGCCCACCGGGUCGGCCAGGGAGCCCUAUUCACUUUCAGCAAGAUGACCUGGGAGCAGCUUUCCAGACGUGGAUGGACACACAUGGAGCACUGAAAGCAGAGGGUUACAACCAUCCGGACCGGCUGGUGCUGGACCAGGGAGGGGAUAUCUUUAAAACCUUACACUACCUCAGCAACCUCAUCCAGAGCAUUAAAAUGCCCCUGGGCACCAAAGAGAACCCCGCCCGGGUCUGCCGGGACCUCAUGGAUUGUGAGCAGAAGAUGGUGGAUGGUACGUACUGGGUGGACCCAAACCUUGGCUGCUCAUCCGACACCAUCGAAGUUUCCUGCAACUUCACCCGUGGUGGGCAAACGUGUCUCAAGCCCAUCACGGCCUCCAAGGUCGAGUUUGCUGUCAGCCGGGUCCAGAUGAAUUUCCUGCAUCUGCUGAGCUCUGAGGUGACACAGCAUAUCACCAUCCACUGCCUUAACAUGACCGUGUGGCAGGAGGGCGCUGGGCGGACCCCGGCCAAGCGGGCUGUGCGCUUCCGGGCCUGGAAUGGGCAGAUCUUCGAAGCAGGGGGUCAGUUCCGGCCAGAAGUACCAAUGGAUGGCUGCAAGGUCCAGGAUGGCCGCUGGCACCAGACGCUUUUCACCUUCCGGACCCAGGACCCCCAGCAGCUGCCCAUCGUCAGCGUGGACAACCUCCCUCCUGCCUCCUCAGGGAAGCAGUACCGACUCGAAGUUGGACCUGCGUGCUUCCUCUGACCUCUGACCUCCUGGCUCCUCUAGGCCUCGAGAGGGAGGGAAGAGGAGGAGGAGGCAAAAGGAGGGGACCUAGGGGCACAUGGG